UAAUCCAACUCUAACUCUAAGCGUAACGCUAAGAGUAGACGCUUAAUUCGUCGCCUUGACCUCUCCUAGGUCACAACCAACACACUUCGUCCUUUCGUCUGUUAACUUGUUUUUCUUUCUCUCGUGUUUUCUUUUUUAUAUAUUUCUUAUUCUUUCAGUUAAAUCAACAACAAUCCAUCAGUAAUGGAAAUGAAAACUCGAAAUCUACUAGUGUUAAAUGUACGUUGAAAUUUGCGUUUUGGUUUGAACACCUUUUCCUUUUUUUCCAAAGAGAAAAGAAUAAAAAUAAAAUUCGAUUUUUGGAUAGGAAAACAAAGAGAAAAUAUAAUAUACACAAUGUUUUCUUUUAUUCGAUUUGUGUCUUCCUUUAUGUUUCUUCUUGUUCUACAAGAUUUAAUCAACCUUUUCCAUCAACCUUUCAACUGUUUAAUAAUUAGUGUUACAAGUGAUGUAACUACUACUAAAUCUUAUUUCUCAAGGAUUAAUUUUUUAUCACCGUUAAUGGUUAAUGCUUUCUGUCCAUCAAAUUGUCACUGUGAUGAUAAUAAAUUGGAAGCCAUUUGUUCCAAUGCAACUCUUACAAUUGUACCAAUUACUUUAAAUCCAAAUUUAAGAAAAAUUCAUCUCAACUUUAAUGCAAUAGUCAAAUUGUCAACUGAUUCAUUUAGUGUUUAUCGGAAUAUUGAAUUUCUUGAUCUUUCCAAUAACAAAUUGGAUACACUUGAAGACAAUUCCUUCAGAGGUUUAACCAAAUUAAAGAAACUACACUUAGAUGGUAAUCGACUCAAUUCAUUAACCAAUUUCACCUUCAAUGGUCUUUCCGGAUUGCAAGAUCUUUACCUUAAUGAUAACUUAUUGUCCAAUUUAAAUGAUUCCGUCUUCAAGGGACUCACUAAUCUGAAACAACUUAAUCUCAAUUCAAACCGGUUAAAUUAUUUAGGACCACGAGUUUUUAUUGGUUUAAAUAAUUUGAGGACACUUUAUUUAACCGGUAAUUCAUUAAGCUUAACACAUGAACAGUUGAUUAGUACAUUAUCAACAACAACAACAUCACCAUUAUCAUCAACGACAACAAUAACAUCAAAUGCAACAUCAUUAACAACCACUAAUCACAAAUCUCUACUUGAUGCACUUUCACCACGUUAUCUACCCAAUUUAAUCAGCUUACAUCUAAGUGGAAACAAUUUAACAAUUAUAACAAAAUUAAAUUCACCCUUUUUCAGUGGAAUGGAUUCAAUCUCAUCAACAGUUACACCUACAAUUUCAAAUAAUUUAAGAUUUUGGAAUAAUCUUCAAGAAUUAACUCUUAACGGUUGUUCAAUUAGCUCCAUUGAAUCAGGAUCUUUCAAUGGUUUGCCUAAACUGACCACUUUAAGGAUCCAUAACAAUAAUUUUCAGCAAGUGCCAAAGGAAAUUUUCACAGAUUUAGAUAAACUUGAGGUUCUUCAGAUUGGAGGAAAUCCUUUUACAACAAUCAACUCAACAUCAUUUACCACUUUAACCAGUCUCAAAAGCCUUGAUAUAAGUCGAUGUCCUCAUCUUAAUAUUAUUGAAUCAGGAGCUUUCACUGGACUGGAAUCAUUGCAAUCAUUGGAAAUAUCAUCUAAUCCUAAUCUCAAAUAUAUUGAGUCAACUUUAUUUGAUCCAUUGGUUUCCCUUGAGAAUCUCAUCUUAUCUCAUAAUUCAUUUUCCUUUCUUGAUCCUCAUCUGUCCUUUAUUGCCAAUCGUAUUAAAUUAUUUGAUGUUCGUGGCAAUCCUUUCACAUGUAAUUGCUCCGUUCAAUGGAUACGUAAAUUGUUCAUUGAUAAUAGUGAAGUUUUUAUCAAGAGACUUUCACCAACGGCAUCAUCAUCAUCUCAAUCAUCAGUAACUUUACCAGCAUCAACUGUAACAAUUGAUUCUGUUAGAGAAGCAAGUGCAAGUAAAAGUGCUCGUCGAGUUGCUCCAUUAUCAUCUUCAUCAUCAUCAUCAUCGUCAAUAUCUUCAUUGAUACACUCAAGUGAUUCAAGUAAUUCGUACUUAAAUGAGUUAACAUGUGUCAAUCCUAUGCCUCUUAGAGGUAAACAAAUAAUUACCCUUGAACCAGGGGACAUGGGUUGUUAUGAGAUUGAAUCAUUGACACCGAUUGUAAUUGGUGUAGUAAUUGGGUGUAUAAUUGUAACUGGAGUGGUAAUUAUAUGUGGCAUCCGUUGGAGAGCCCGUUUAACUGGAUUAAUUAAAGGUAACAGCUUAUCAUCAUCAAAGGCUCGUGCUCAUCAUCACAAUUAUCAUUAUCCAUCUAUCGUCACUGCAUCACCAAUGGUCGGAGGUAAUUUUACUGGUGGUCAUUUUGGUGGUACUUUGAUGGGCACCAUGGCUGGUAGUGGAGCGAUAAGUACUGGAAGCCGAAAAAUAUUCAGCAUGAGAAGUCACAAUCCAAUAAAUACUAAUGAUCUAGAUCAAGGACCUUAUUCUAAACCUGAAUGUAUUGUGAUACCAGGGUACAGGACCGACUCAACAACGAUAAUCCAUAAUCUCAAUAAUCCAAUGAGAUCUUAUUGAGAGACACAAAUCAGAAAUUAAGAAAAAAUCUAACUGAUGAUGAUCAAAAAUUAAUGAUCAACCUGAUCCUGUUACAUAUAAAUGUGUUAUAUAUGUUGUGUAUAAUAAUGUUACAGCUGAUGAUGACGAUUGAUAAUAAUUGAUGAUGAGGAUGAAAUUGAGAGUCUCUCUCUCUCUCUCUCUCUCUCUUGCUGAGCUCACGAAGAAAAAUAUUUUGUAAGCAAGUGAUGUGUCCGUCAAUUUGAUUGGCUCACUUGAAGAGGAAAGAUGAAGGAAAAAGAUAAAGCUGCCGAUGAUGCUGGUGAUAAUGAAAAGAUGAAGAUGAUGAUGAUGAGGAAAAUCGUUAAUCCUUGACAAAAAAUAUUUAGUACCAAUUUCCCAGCUAAAUGAACAACUUUUUUUUCAUAGUAAUUGACCUUCACUUGUAACUUGAUAACGUUAUUUUUUUCAUCAUCCUUGUCGUCAUUAUCAUCAUCUUCUUACAUGCAUACUUAAGUUUUGUGUGUGUAUUUAUAGUUUACUUUAAAAAUUGUUUCUUAAUCUGAGUCCAUCUUGUUUACAACUCAUCUUCAUCGAUAUAUUAAAUGAUAAGCAAGAAAAGUUUACUUUUUUUUCAACAUCGAUUGCUUAUCAUCAUCAUUAGUCGAUUCUCAUUAUCAUCAUCAUGGAGAUUGAUUUUGGAAAUAAAACAAGAUGGAGAAGAAAAAAGAAACAAGGAUGAUAAAAAUCUUAUGAAAGAUGAUAAACUGGAUAUACAAUCACUAUGGAUAAGCAGCAAGAUGAUGAAAAUGAAGAUGACCAUCAUCAUCAUGUUGAAGCUUUUUCUGUGUCCAAGAUGAAUAUUCAGUUUCAUAUUUCAAUCUAAUCUUAAUAAUAGAUAACUUUUACAUCCCAUCUUCACAGAGAGAGAAUUACAUCAUCCACCCAUUGAUAUCAUCUCUUCAUCCUCAAUCAUCCUCAUCAUCAUCAUCUUCCUCUUCUUCAUGUAUAAUAUGUAUAUAAAUAUACAUAUAAAAAAAUGUACAUUAUGUAUAAUGGUUAUAAUAAAUGAUCUGUAAAUGAUUUUCCAUGAUGAAAAUAAUUUUAUCAAUUUU